UCUCAGCGCGCAUGAGCGGCCGUCCCGCCGCUACCGGGCCGGGCUCCGCGGUAUCGCCGCCGCCGCUCCUCCUCCCCGGGGCGCUGCGCUCCGCGUUGUCAGUCCCCGUCUCCGAGCCCGCGGGCCCCGAUGAGAAACGUCGCUGCGCUGCCGGACUGACGCCUCGCCGCCCUCCCCGCGGACGAGGAGGAGCGCGGCGCCCCCGACCGCGGGCCGCCCCUGCACCGCCCUCCCCGGCGGGGGCUCGUCUGCCGCCUGCGGGGCGGGCGGCGCGGCGGUGA